UCCAAUGGUGCGAUGGCCCCCAGGCAGGGCAGUGUGGGGCUUCUAGGUCCUCCAGCAGGCGUGCCUCUCCCUGUCCUCCCACUCCUCCUCCUCCUCUGUGGCCAGAUGCUGGAUGCCCAGGGUCAAGGAUCCCGUCUGCGUCAGGAGGACUCCCCACCCCGGAUUGUGGAGCACCCCUCUGACUUGAUCGUGUCCAAAGGGGAGCCGGCCACCCUCAACUGCAAGGCGGAGGGGCGGCCCAGCCCCACGGUGGAGUGGUACAAGGACGGGGAGCGGGUGGAAACGGACAAAGACGACCCGCGGUCUCACCGCAUGCUCCUUCCCAGCGGCUCCCUCUUCUUCCUACGGAUCGUCCACGGACGACGCUCCAAACCGGAUGAGGGCUCCUACGUCUGCGUCGCCCGCAACUACCUGGGAGAAGCCGUCAGUCGCAAUGCAUCCUUGGAAGUAGCAUACUACAGGGAGCUGGAUGAUGCCAGGGCAGAGCUCCCUCAGAGGGAUAGUGGGUGGGAGGGUGGAGCAACAACCACAGAUGAAAUCUCCCCAUGGACAUUUGAUAUGGGCUGCCGGUGCUGUGCUGGAAGACACUGA